AACACAGCUUAUCCAGCAAUGCCAAGUUUUAUUUCUGAGACCUGCUGAGCUGCACAGUUACACAGGGAAGCAGACAGACAGGGCAGCAUGAUGAUUCUUGCAGAAAGUCAGUUUGACAGACACGGGCAAGUGUCAUGCCGGGCUUAGACGGAGCGAGAGCCUAUCAGAGAAGCAAGUGAAAGAAGCCAAGUCCAAAUGUAAAAGCAUUGCCCUUCUGCUGACUGCUGCUCCAAACCCCAAGUCCAAGGGGGUGUUAAUGUUUAAGAAACGUCGUCAAAGGUCAAGAAAGUACACAUUAAUUAGCUACGGCACAGGUGAGCUUGAGCGGCAGGAGGACGAAGAGGAGGAAAACGAGGACGACGCAGAUAAAGAAAACACUUAUCAGGUCACCUUCUUUGGAGGAAGUGAAUCAGAUCUAGAUGACGAUUUUCUCUCAGACCCUAACAACGAAGAACAAGUUGUGACUUUUGAUUGGGACACUGGGAUUUUAGAAGUUGAAAAGAAACUAGACAGUGGUGAGACAAUGGAUGAUCUGCCGGAGACCAAAGGCAAAGGGGUCCUCAUGUUUGCAAGGAGGAAACAAAGAAUGGAGCAGAUAACAGCAGAUCAAGAAGAAGCCAAAAAACAUAGUAUGGAAGAGAAAAUUACAUUGACAGAGAACAUAAAGAAUGCAGUUUCUUAUCAGAGUCAGGAAAGGGAAACAAUUAAAACUCAGAGUUGUGUGAGUAAAAGUUAUAUAGAAGUGAGCAACAGCCACGACAGAUUUGAAAAUGGUAUAGCUGGAGUACAUGAAUCAAACACUUCAUUUCAGUCUUCAGAGAUCCAAAAGUCAUCAGCUUUAAAUAGAACGGCUAAACCCUUUGGUGGUGUACAAAAUCAGGCUUUGCUACAAUUUUCGCCAAGUAUAAAUGUAUCUAGUCCUUUCUCAGAUGCACCUGCACCUCCUUACUCCUCAGUUACUCCACCUCCUGAACCAAUGUUUCAGGUAUCUGCAUCAGUCCCAAGCACAGCUCAACCAGCUGUAUGGUCACCAUCUUGGUCAAAUGAACAGAUAGCUUCUAGAGAUGAAAGAAUUGCAGUUCCAGCACACCGAACAGGAAUAUUGCAGGGAACAACAAGAAGAAGCACAUCAAAACCAAUGUUCACCUUUAAAGAACAACCAAAGGUUAGUCCCAACCCAGAACUUUUGUCUCUGGUACAGAAUAGAGAAGGUAAACGUGGAACAGGAGCUGGCAAUGAAUCUGGACCUGAAGAAGACUAUCUGAGUUUAGGAGCAGAAGCAUGCAAUUUUAUGCAAGCACAAAUUGGAAAACAAAAGACACCACCGCCUGUUGCCCCCAAACCUUCAGUUAAAUCUCCCUCUACCAUGACACCAGCUUCACCUGUUUGGUCACCUCCAUCAGUUGCUCAUCCACAAGCACAAGUCUACCCAAACCAAAAUAUUUCUGUUAAUGCAGAUUCAGCACAACCUGCUUUCUACUCAUACAAACCUCCAACUUCUCUCAAUUUAUCCGGUCCACAAAAAGGACCUUCUGCAGAGACUUCAGGAGCAAAUCAUGUGUAUACACCUAAAACACCACCUACAACACCACUAAAUAGCACUGGGGUUCCAGGAGGUGCUGGACCAGCUUAUGAAAUGCCAGCUUUAAGAGGUAAAGGUGCAGAGUUGUUUGCCAAGAGACAAUCCCGAAUGGAAAAAUUUGUGGUAGAUUCUGACACUGUGCAAGCUCAUGCAGCUCGUCCUACUUCUCCAACUCCAUCCUUGCCAACAUCCUGGAAAUAUUCUUCAAACGUGAGAGCCCCUCCUCCUUUGGCAUAUAAUCCUAUUCAUUCUCCACUUUACCCUCUAGCAGCUAAUAAGUCUACCUCUCCUGCUGGAAAAUCAGCUGCCAAAAAUAUCAAGAAAAAGCCUACCAAAGCUUUAAGUUCACUUGAGGUGAUGAAACAUCAGCCAUAUCAACUUAAUGCUUCCUUAUUCACUUUUCAGUCACCAUCUGAUGCACCAACAGAUGCAGUAGCAACCAAACCAAGUGCAAGGGCAAACACUUUUCCAGCCGAAAAACAAGCUCAGUUCACAAAACCAAUUAAUGCUCCAUCUAAUACAAACUUCCAGACAGAAAUUGCUCCCACUCAACCACUCUACAGCUCACAACCUUCGUUCCAGUCCAGUGUCUUUACCCCAAAUGAGUCUUCUUCCCCACUAGGAUAUCCCAUGUAUCCUAGACAGGAAUCGCCAGUAGCCACAUUGAUUGCUCCGCCAAGGCCGAAAUUUUCUGCAAAGAAAGUUGGUGUUGCAGCUCAGGUGUGGAAACCAGAAAUUGCUGAAGAGUAAUUUUGAAUUUGGAACUUUGUUUCCACUUUUAGAGCAAUAAAUAGUUUGCAGUGGUAAUGAAGCAUACCAAAUAUGCCAAGUCCUGGUUUUACUUAGUACAUAAUAUUGGAUCACCAUUAAAUCUGGGUCUAAAUUAUUUACCAUUGCUAAAGGCAAAUUAUGUGUACCUAGGUAUUCCAAAUUUAAGCCUUACACUAUGUAUACUUCACAUUUGUAUUAAGUAAGCAGGGCUGUAUAUUAAUUUGCUUUAAAAAAAGUAAUGUCAGUGAUCUUAUUCACUGUAUUUGAAGCUACUACGCCAUAAUCUUUAUAUUUUUCUUUUUUAGUUCACCAUUAUUGUAUUUUAUUUCUGUCUCCAAACAUCAUUGACUGCAGCUCUGACCGUUCAUUGUCAGGUGUCUACCUGGUAAUAUUAUGUCAGAACUGGAGUCAGUAGAUAUGGAAGUGGAUCAAUUGGCUUGUAGAUUGUUAGAUAAUUUAUUUUGGUUGAUGUGAGUUUGUCAUUUGAUCUAUUUUAAUUUAUUUACUAGUUCAGUGAAGUUAUUUGAGAAAAUCUUAAAAUAUGUACAGAAUGUUGUAGGAAGGGUUAGUAAAAAAAAGAAACUUUAAAUAAUGUAUAUUCUUUGCAAUCAAAGCUUAAAAGAGACCUCAUGCACUAAAAAUGUCUAACUAUGUACUUGACUCUUCUGCACUUUUAACUUCAUUUUGCAGAACAGAAUUUAUUUAGUUUAUCACUGUCUGUGUUUCAUUACAAAAGUAUCAAUCUUCAUGAAGGCUUCAUUCAUCUAAAUGUUAUAACUAGUAAACAAAUCUAUUGAUCGAUCAGUUGAUUGAUAGAUAGAUUUGAGACUGUAUACCUCUGUAGCACUCUUUUAUUUAAGUUUUAAGUCAAGUCAGGAGUCAAUGCUCACUUUUCAGAGCAUUGGAUCUGAACUUAAUUUGACUCUAAAGUAAAUAUCCCAUAAAAGCCUAGAAAAGUCUCCAGAGCGCUUCAAUUAUGACAAAGAUUUAUGGUAAAGGGAGUUUAAACUGUUGCUAAAGAUUAUUCAGUUGUUACUGAAAAUGAAUGCUAAUUAAAGGUGAAUUAGUCUCACAAAUAUAUUGGCAUUUGUUUCCAUGUGACUUUGUUAACUAUGCGAUGUGUUAAAUGAAAGUGGUAUGAUAACAGGUAGCUCAGAAAAGUAAUUUUCAUUAGUACAAUCUUAGAUGAAGAAAAUAUUUUUUUAUUUUUGAUUAUAUAUUUUUGUUACUUUAAUUGAAUGUUAUAAUUGAAGAAAUAAAUUAUAAUUUUUAGAUUGCCUAGAGUAGGGUGUAGAGCUAGACAUAUUUUGUAAGAAUGCAAAUAGUUUGCUCAACCACAUAACCCAUUUUGUCAAAACAAGCAAUUAAUAGACCAUUAAUAUAAAGAUGGCCUCUAAAUCAGAGUAUGCUGAAUAUUUGACUAGAGUGGGCGGAGUGGGGGCACUUAUUUGAAGCCUGUCCUUACUGAAAAACAAACUUAAGAUGUUUUAAUGUAGCUGUAUUGCUUGGGAAGAUUAGUUUGAAUGGAAGAGAAAAACAUUGUCAUGACAUAUACUUUGGAGCAGUCAAUAUAUCCUUCAUCUUUGGAGCCACUUCACUAUGAAAAUGUGUUUAUAUCACCAUAUAUAAAACACCUUAGAUUUUAGAAUGUCUCACUUAUAAUGAACAUUUUUUAUUUACCGAAAAGCCAUAUAUUGCUCACAGAAAGGCCUGAGGCCUACAUAGCAUAUAUUUGUUUAUUACUUGGACAUAUUUGCUGCAUUUACUUUUUCCAUACAACUUUACUCUAAAACUAUCCAUCAUUUAAUCUGUAUCUUUAGCUAUAUUUUACUUGUUUACUUAUCAUUCAAAGCACUGCAAACCUGACAGCUCUGGUCACAGGGAUGUUGCCCAUAGCCUAAAGAGUAAAUGCAAACAAAAUGAACAUGUACACAUCUUACAAUACAUUUUUGCUAGCGUCUGCAUACACAAUGUGCAGCUCCUGCGUAAUCAGCAGUACAGAGGCUGUAAGAGCCUUACCCUUUUAGAGUUUGAUAUUUACCAGAGGCAGAAGAGUCCUGGUCAGGCUUGUUGUUCAGAGUUGUACUGAAAGCUUGCAGCAGCUUAUUUUGUACAAUUGCUUACCAAAAGUAGUUCUGCACUAAGAAGGCAUUUUUUUCAUACAAUACAUUACAUGUAACAUAUAACUAAUAUGAUUGUGCUCUUCUUUCAUAUCUCUGCAAAAUAAACUUGUAUGCCUGUAUGUGCCUUUAUUGGUAUAACAGUACUUUUAUUGUUUGAAAAAUCAAAGGGCAUAACUGCAAUUUUACAUGUUGGGAACAGUAAAAAAAUAAUUGUAGGCCAGGGCUUGGCAAAUGUGUUCCAGGCUGGCAACAUCCUUGUAUAAGAGCCAGGUACCAAGCUGUUUUUUUUUCCUGCACAUUGGGAUUUUCACUUGAUUUGCUGUAUACUUUUCACACCAUCAUUAAAAUCUGAAGAUUCUUGUCUUCUU